AUGUCUGGUGGUCUAAUAGAUAAAGUUUAUAUAGGCCUGGAUAAUGCACCAGCUGCAUUUGACAUAAAAUCUCGUAUAUUAGGCCCUAAUGGGACUAAUUUAGAGUAUAUAAGAUCUGAAACUGGUGUUGUAGCGGUAUUGAAAAGUGACAAGUUUGAGCCGCUGCAUUUGGCGUUGCAUCAUACUCGGUCAGAGGCUCUAGCGGCUGCACGGUCAUUGGCGCAGAACCUUAUUGAGACCAUACGCGCUGAGCUGGCUCAGUGGAGCGCUGCACAGGCUGGUGGGCCACCGCCAGCCCUAAAUGUACCCCCUCCCGCUCUAACUACUAGUGCACCACCUUCCGUACCCCCGCCUGUUGUAACUGUUGCGCUUUCUUCUACUUCAACCUUAAACACAUCAACCAAUCCUUCAGUGAUCCCACCAGUAGUCAGUGUUGCCCCUGCCUCUACACCGUUAAUGACUGUUCGGCCACCAACAGUACUGCAGUUAUUACCACAACAGCAGUAUGUUCUCAAUCAAGAAAAUGGACAGCUGAUACCAAUAGUUCAACCAGGAGUUCAAGUGUCAAACACUAAUUUCACUUCUCUACCAAUAGCGCAACCAUUAGGAAGCUUACAACAGCAUAAUUUUGGUCCUACACAGUUAGUAGAUAUCUCAAAUGUGCAGCCGGUCAACGUAACACAGUUAAGGCUUAGUGGAGUUCCUUCUUCAAUGUCUAUGUUGUUACCUAAUGGUUUGACAUUCCCACAAGCCACUUUCAAUGGGGCAGAUACAACUGUAUGUUCUGCAACAGCAACCCCAGUGGUAUGUGCAGCUCAGAGCACAAGUUCAUCUCAAAAGAUCUUCUACAGCACAGAUAAGGGUGAUAAGGAUAUUAGAUAUCACAUCCAAGGGACAGAUAUGCAAUGGACAGUACCUGGGUCACAGACUAUGAUCAUACCAUAUCAGCAAUUGCAAGACCUGACAGCUAAUCAAGCUGGUUUGACUAAUUUGCAGCCACAACAGUUUGUUUCUAUUGCACCAGCAAACAGCUUUCAGCAGACAUUACCUUUGUCUGCAGCUCAACUUCAGCAACUGCAGGCAACUGGUACUAUAAUGCAGCUUAAUCAAAAGCCUAUAGCCAGCAGUGCCCCCCUAAUUAACAUAAUAUCUACGGGACAAGCGUCAUCUCCUCAAAUUAUAUCAACUUCCACCAGUAAGACCAUAACUCAUGAAUCCCGAGGGCAGAAAAGAUUGUCUGAUGGAACACCGAGUCAACUUCAAUUACGACCUAUAGCACCAGCUGGGUCGCAUAGCCAAGACAAGCCGUCGACGAGGGACAGCCGCACCUGGACACCAGUCGCAGCUAAAGACAAUACCGUUGUCAGCAUGGGAAUGAAGAUCAAUCCGGCCCAUGGAACCAUCAUUCAUGUUUCCUCUGGGCAACAGACUAACGUGUCAGCAUCCGGCAUGACGCAGGAGGGGAUGUAUAUAAAGCAGAUUGAUAGAAAUUCAAUACAAAUCCAAACCACUAAAGAUGGUCAAAAGCAAGACGGGUCGAAUAAAAUUCAGAAUACCGCGCAAAACGUUCAAAUGAUCACCGUACCGCAAGGAAUGACAGUCCUUCAAAAUCCGAUAAACAUCAGUCAAAUGCCCACUAUGCUGGGCCAGCCUAACAGCCAAGUUUACAUGAUUCCAGCGAACGCUCAGAAUUUGGUACAGAAUGCGUUACCGCCAGGUCUUUUGGGACAACAGGUUCUUCAACCGGGGCAAAACGUUACUGUGGUGCAACCCAAUCAACUCGGCAUGCCAGGUGGCGUUCAGUACAAUAUGCCGAUCAUGCCGAUGAAUAUGCCACCAAAUUCACAGUUCAUGCCGGGGAUUAAUCUCAAUGCACAGCUAUCAGCACAGCAGUUGAACGCGGCUCUAGCUGGACAGCAAUUAGGUAAUCCUAAUCUGAAUGUCCCAGGUACGAUACCGAUUGUACAAGCGGCGCAACCGUCUCCCUCGCCGCUAACCAAUCAGAACGCAGCGACUCAACCGCAGCAGAUCCAACAAAUGUUACCCCAGAAUUCGACAUUCAUACCCACUUCUCAGUACCCUAGUCUUCCGCCUCAGUAUAUCAUGCAGGCUAAUUCUGCGGCAGCUCUUCCCCCUACUCCUAGCAUUCAGUAUUCAAUCCCACCCAGUCAAGAGACAACACCAGCUCCCAGUAACGGUAAUGGACAAUCAACAGCAGAUAACACAGAUUCGAAUAUUUCAAAUAAUCAGACUAACUAUAUUUCAUCCUCUUCUCAAGAAUCGGGGUAUACCGCGCAGAAUCAGUCGCAAACAUUCUCCGAAGGUACGACGACACCCACCGCAUCAUUGACGAACUCUAGCGUUCAGCAAACGUAUACAAAUGGAACAGCUAACCAGAAUUACAAUGGAAACCAGGGAAAUACCCAACCGCCACCUAGCUACCCUGCAAACGGAUCGGCGGCGCAAACAAACCAAUCAUAUGCAGGGAACACUCCGAUCUCUCAGAACGCAACGCAGACCAGCUUUUCGCCCUCCACCACUCCGAUACCGAAUGCCAACUACCCUGCUCCAAAUAUGCCCAACAUUGGUUAUCCUCCCAACCAAAACCCGUACCCAAAUGCAACUGGACAGAACUUAGCAGCCUACGCUGGUAACCAGUACCAGUAUACGAGUAGACCCUGGUUUAGGCCAAGAUACGGUUCACCCCAAGGUUCUCCGUAUGGAUCCGCGGUACCCCCUCCAAAUGGCCCACCCAUGCCAGUCCCACCCCCUGGAAACUACAAUUACUGGCAGGACAGUUGA